CAUUCUCUGUUUUAGGGACAUCAAGAGAGUAAACUCGGUCAAUAACUCUACUAUAGGAUAUUUUUUUACUUUUCCGAAAAGUAUUUGUGGAACCACAGCAUUGUUCCUCUUUUACCAUUUGACCAAGGUUGUGCAGAAGCCAUAAAAAAAGGAGUUGGCAUCAUGGUGCUAAUGAUACUGCCAUUCAUUGGAUCAGUGUCGGCAUCUGAGAGUUUGGUGGCCUUGACAACAGUGUGUCUGGUCUACCUAAUCCUCAAGUUUUUUCACACUGAGAUUCCUGAGGGGCUACAUCGGCUGCCUGGACCAAAGCCCCUGCCUCUCAUUGGGAAUGUGCUGGAGGUGGGCAACAAACCUUACCUGAGCCUCACUGCCAUGAGCAAGCGCUACGGCGACGUCUUCCAGAUUCAGAUUGGUAUGCGUCCCGUGGUUGUACUAAGUGGCAGUGAAACAGUCCGACAGGCUCUCAUCAAGCAAGGGGACGAGUUUGCUGGCAGACCUGACCUGUACAGCUUCAGGUUCAUCAACGAUGGAAAGAGUCUGGCCUUCAGUACCGACCAGGCUGGUAUCUGGCGUGCCCGCAGGAAGCUGGCCUACAGUGCCCUGCGUUCCUUCUCCAGCCUGGGCGGCACAACCCCAGAGUACUCCUGUGUGCUGGAGGAACACAUCUGCAAGGAGGGAGAGUAUCUGAUCAAACAGCUCAACACUGUCAUGAAAGCUGACGGCAGCUUUGACCCCUUCCGCCACAUUGUUGUCUCUGUUGCUAAUGUGAUCUGUGGAAUGUGCUUUGGCCGACGCUACGACCACAAUGACCAGGAGCUACUCAGCUUGGUGAACCUCAGUGAUGAAUUCGGCCAGGUGGUGGGCAGCGGUAACCCUGCAGACUUCAUCCCUGUUCUUCAAUUCCUGCCCAGCACAACAAUGAAGAACUUCAUGGACAUCAAUGCCCGUUUCAACAAGUUUGUGCAAAAGAUUGUCAGCGAGCAUUACGCCACCUAUGAUAAGGACAACAUUCGUGACAUCACAGACUCCCUCAUUGAUCACUGUGAGGACAGGAAGCUGGACGAGAACUCCAAUGUCCAGAUGUCAGAUGAGAAGAUUGUAGGAAUUGUCAAUGACCUGUUUGGAGCUGGCUUUGAUACCAUCUCCACUGCCCUGUCUUGGUCAGUCAUGUACUUGGUGGCUUACCCAGAGAUACAGGAAAGGCUUUAUGAAGAACUGAAGGAAAAAGUGGGUCUGGACCGCACUCCUCUUCUCUGUGACAGAACCAACUUACCGUUCCUGGAGGCCUUCAUCCUGGAGAUCCUUCGCCACUCAUCUUUCCUGCCCUUCACUAUCCCUCACUGCACGUCAAAAGACACAUCUCUGAAUGGCUACUUCAUUCCCAAAGACACCUGUGUCUUCAUCAAUCAAUGGCAGAUCAACCAUGACCCUGAGCUGUGGAAAGAUCCAUCUUCCUUCAACCCAGAUCGCUUCCUGAGUGCUGAUGGCACUGAGCUCAACAAGAUAGAGGGGGAGAAGGUGAUGGUUUUUGGCAUGGGAAAGCGCCGCUGCAUUGGCGAGGUCAUUGCACGAAAUGAAGUCUUCCUCUUCUUGGCAAUCAUUAUCCAGAAGCUGCACUUCAAGACGCUGCCUGGAGAGCCACUGGACAUGACCCCAGAGUACGGUCUCACUAUGAAGAGCAAACGCUGCCGCCUGAGAGCCACAAUGCGAGCGAGUGAAUAAUGUGUGACAUGUACAAUGUGUGGCUCAAUGUGUGGUAUAAGUUGACUCUAUCACUGUAUGGAUCGCAUUCAGGUUAAGAGUCAGUGAAAGAAGCAUCUUUCUCAGAAUGUAAGGCACUGGAUGCCAAAUUUGGUCUACAGAGCUAAUGGCAUUGAAGCAAAUAAGUUAAUUUUGCUUGCUGCAGAUUUUCAACGAUGUCUAGGUUCGUAUGAACAUAUCUCAUGUCAUGUUUUUGGUUCUCUAGAUAUUCCGACACAUGAUUGGUGCUUCUCAGUGAAGUAUAAGGAGAUACCUGUUUCUCCUGCGUAGUGUAAACUAAACUGCUCCCAUUAAGAAGUUGUAAAAUACUCACAAAGUUACCUUGUUCAACUUUGGGACAAACAGUAUGUUUUACUGGAUAGGCAUUACUAAUUAAAACACUGCAACCAACAUGUUUUUCUUCUGUGACACAGGACUCUGAACUGAACAGAUAUUUGAUGACAUUUACAUGUGUAAGCUAAUUAUUUGUGUUCCAUUGUAAUGUGGAUGUAAGACACUGAAGCUAUAUUUGUAUCCCAAAAUGUGAUUUUUUGUGUAUAUCAAGUUAUUUCUAUUUUAUAAAGACAUUUUUAUGUGCCUAGCGUUUGUAUAUAUUUGAGGUAAAAUAGUUUUGCUGUGCAUGUUUGUGAAAUAUCAGGACACCAAAAGAGUUCCAGUGAUUUUUGGAAUGUAUUGGAAGGCUAUACAUUUUUGUAUUUUUAUCUCUAAUGUAUCAAUGAUUGUAUAACGUGUAAGGGAAUGUGAUCGGCGCACCCUUUAAUCAGUCACGCAAAUAAAAUAAAAAUAAAUAAAA